ACUCCACCAAGAUGUACCAACGCGCUGGAAUAGUUCUUUCUACAUGCUCCAGAGUCUCUUGGAGCAGAAACUGGCCCUCGCAUCAUAUGCAGCAGAAUACGAAUUGCCAUGCAACUUCACAGUCCACCAAUGGAAAUUGAUUGAAAACACAAUAACCAUCCUGGCCCCGUUUGAAGAGCUAACCAAAGAAAUCAGCUCAUCCACUGCGGACGUAAUUCCAUGCAUCCGAGCGCUCACUCGUCUACUUGAGAAAACAACUGAGACGGACCAUGGCGUGAAGACGGCGAAAUCAGUGCUACUGGAAGCUGUCCGACGACGAUUCGCUGACAUUGAUGCACAGAAGUUGUACACAAUAGCUACAAUGCUAGACCCGAGGUAUAAAGACAGAUAUUUCUCAGAGGCACUCAAACCAUCUUUCCAUGAACAGCUUCAGAACGCCCUUGAAACCAGCCACCCUGAACUACCCAUCACUACAAGCACUGUGGAGCAACCCAGUUCCAGCAAGUCAACUGACAAGACCCCACCUGCCUGCUCUUUGCAGGCAAUGUUCGCAGAGUUAGUCGAUGAGGUAGCAGGGCACAGUGAGCAGGAAAUUACCAUUAUCACCCAGGUCAGCCAGUACAUGGCAGAGUCUGUAUUGCAGCGCAGUUCAAACCCACUUGCCUAUUGGCAGCUGAAUAAAGGCCGCUUCCCUGCACUUGCACAGACAGCAAGAGCCUAUCUUUGUUCACCAUGCACAAGUGUGGAUAGUGAGCGGCUCUUUAGUACAGCUGCAAACAUCAUUGAUGACAAAAGAAACCGUCUCACCCCCAAAAAUGCAGAGAUGCUCAUAAUGAUCAAAAGAAACUUGCCCCAUGUUAUUGGGCAGUGAAAGAUUUUGUCCUUUGUGAUAGUAGGCCUUGCACGUUUUGGUUUUGUGGCCAAUUGUUUAUUUUAUCUUUAACCAGCAUUAACAAGCCAGUUUUCAAGUAGCCCAAGUUUUUUGUAAUGUGAGUUAGAAGCUGUCUGCUUGGCUUUCUAAUGUUCUUUUAUUUACAUUUUGAAUGGAAAGAUUCAUAUU